CCAACUCUCCCUUCUUCGUCCCAAGAAUUGGAUCUACAUGAUCAAAGGACUACAAAAAUUCCAAACUCAGAUCUCGUUACGGAUACCAGUAUGGCUUAUGCUCCUUCUCCUCCCACCAUGCAAGGGAUAUAUCCAUGUCUGAGGCUACCCAACCUGGUAAUUUGGUACCAUUAUCUUACAAAGAUAAACUCUUAUUUGAUGAGAAUCCUAUAGUUGUAUCCUUUGCCACCACUCCAGGAUACAUGGAUGAGGACUUCGAUGUCGAUGACGAUCCGAAUGACCCAACUCCCAUCAUCUUGCUUUCCAAAGCUGAAAAGAGACGCAUAAGAGAGCCAUGGAUGAAUGCCCUCAUCAUCAAAGCCUUUCACUCCAAACCUCUUGGUUACAAUUAUGUCUUUCCAAGGGUGAAGGCUCAAUGGAAGCCAACAGGUAAGUGGGAUUUCAUAGACUUAGGACUUGAUUUCUUUCUUGUUCGAUUUCAGGUUCCAAAGAACCUAAACAGAGUCAUAUUUGGUGGGCCUUGGUUUGUUGGUCCCUACUAUCUAACUAUUAGGAGAUGGGAACCAAACUUUGAUCCUACAGAGGCAGUUAAUUCAACUACUACCACUGAUGUGUGGGCAAAGCUUCCAAACUUAUGGGCUGAUCAUUACGAUCCCACCACUCUUCAAAAAAUAGGAAAUGAGGUUGGGACACUUUUGCGCAUAGAUGCUCAUACCGCUCACCACACUCGGGGCCAAUACGCACGGGACUCAAGGACAAAAUCCCCCCUCAUAAUCAAUGCUAUCUCGAACGCCCCUGCAGUGAGCUCUGAGCCCAAACUAGCUGAUGCGGUGAUACUCAACAGGACUACACUGAUUUUGGCCCUUAGCUUCUUGUGGAACGUCGGAAGCCUAGGAAAAAAAACCCCAGUUAUUGGGAACUCAUCGAAGAAGACAAUGGCUACUACAAUGCCUAGCUCAUCUCGUGGGUCUGGAGCCCCGGCUUGCAAACUGGGUCCGAAAUCUCAAUCUAGAUCUACAACCAAUUGUAUCUGCUUAGUAAGGGACAACACCAAGAUUUGUCUGGACAAUGCAUUGAAACGGAUGCUAGCUGGGGUUUCUCCAAGGAGUGAGAAUUGGACAAUGCCACAGAUUUUGGAGGCAUGGCACGCUCUGAUAAUUGCCUACAAUCAUAUGGAUCUACAGGGGAUUCUACAUCUUAUCCCUGCUCCAUCAACUGACCUAGCCUCAAGAGAACAGUUUCAGAUCAUGAAUCUAGAGUCGUCAAAAGGAGCCAAUAUCGAAGAGGACUUGGGCCUUAUCAUUCCGCAUCAAAUUUCCAGCUCAACUUACAUGCCUCAUCUCAAGAUAAUCAACAUGAAGGGCAAGAUGGAACAUCUUCAUUUAGUGUCCAAAAUGCUCCCCUCGAUAUUUACGAAGACAGAAAUGGAUUACGAGACUCUCUUAAUCCCUUUCCACUUCCCCCAAGCGAGGUUCUUGUUCAAGGACCAGAGGCUUCCAGUGCCAAUCUUGGACUCGACACUAGCCCAGAUCCUACUGGGAAUCUCAAAUCAGAGUGAUUGGAUGGUGAAGAUCAUUUCAUGGAACUACCGUGGGGCAGCAAAACAUAAUUUUCAUAGUAGUGCCAUGGAUUUGAAACGCACUCAUAAUCCUGCUACUAUGUUGGUUGUUGAAACUAAAUUAUCUGGAGAAGAUGCCCGAAGCCAAGCAGCUUCUCUUGGAUUUGCUAAAUCCUUCGUGGUCAACUCUAAUGGGCUUGCUGGAGAGCUUUGGCUUCUAUGGGAUGAUGCUGCAGUUGAGGUGGACAUUGUCUCCUAUAGCGAUCAAGCCAUUCAUGCAAUUAUUAAGGUAUGUAAUAACCCUUUUUUUCCUACUGAUUGGUUUCUUUCUGGUAUUUAUGGUAGGCCCCAAAUAGAUGCUAGAGCUCUUUUAUGGAAUGAACUAUCUACUAUUGUUGAGAGCAUCUCUAUGCCUUGGAUGAUGAUUGGGGACUUCAAUGAUGUUUUAGACCAAAGUGAAAAUUUUGGUGGUAAUAGAAUAUGUCAAGCCCGUGUCCAGGCUUACUUGGAGUGCAUGAACAAUUGCAAUUGCAACAUGAUUGAUCUGGGAUUUGUGGGUAAUAGAUUUACUUGGGUUAACAUGAGAUUUUCGCACCAACUCAUUCGGGAAAGGCUUGAUCGGGCUUGGGCAAAUCCCAAGUGGAAAUUGCUAUUUCCCAAAGCAGCUCUCUUUCACCUUCCACGGACUAGUUCUGAUCAUUGUCCAAUCUUGCUUGUUCUUAAGCCCUUUACUCCUCGCACAGCAAGCAAGGAUUUGGAGGCGAAAUACUUUUGGGAAUAUUUUCAAAAGAAAGCAGAAACUCCUUUCACAACUUGCUGGAUCCUUGGGCUUAAGAACUUUGCUGGGGACUGGAUUGAUGAUAGCUCUUCCAUUUCCAAACUUGCUACUGAUUUCUUCCAGGAUCUUUUCUCCACCACGGUUGAUCAUUCCUUUAUGGACUCUUUUCAAACUAUUCAACUUUCUACUGACGAGUCCCUUAGUUUGGAUUCUCUCAGUGGAAUUCCCUCCAAUGUUGAAAUUUUGAGAGCAGUUAACUCUAUGAAGCCUUAUAAAGCUCCUGGCUCGGAUGGUACUCACCCUUUCUUUUAUCAAAAACUCUGGGCUAUGGUUAAGGAUAAAGUCUGCAAUGAUGUCAAACAGAUAUUUCAGGAGAGUACUAUUCCUGCAAAGUGGAAUGAGUGCCUUUUGGUCCUUAUUCCUAAAGUUAAAUCCCCUGAAACUAUUCAACAAUAUAGACCUAUUGGGUUGUGUAAUACCUCUUACAAAAUUAUUUCCAAGAUUCUUGUUCAUAGACUGAAGCCUUGGAUGGAUAAACUUAUCUCCCCUUGUCAAUCAAGUUUUAUUCCUGGUAGACAAGGUACAGAUAAUGUUCUUAUUCUUCAAGAAUUAGUUUAUUCUUUCAAGAAGAAGAUAGGUAAAGUUGGGGAUAUGAUAUGCAAACUAGAUUUAGAGAAAGCUUAUGAUAGGCUCGAGUGGAGCUUUAUUCGGGAGGCUUUGCUUUUCUUCAAGUUUCCAAUAGAGAUCAUUAAUCUUAUUAUGUCAAUGGUUUGUUCUUCAUCUAUUUCUGUUCUUGUGAAUGGAGAUAAAACUGACUCUUUUCUUCCAACUAGAGGCAUCCGUCAAGGUGACCCCCUUUCUCCAUAUUUGUUCAUUAUUUGCAUGGAGUUUUUAUCUCUUAAAAUAUCUGCUGAUAUGAAGGCUGGGCACUGGAAAGGGUCUAAGGCGGGUAGGAGAGGGCCUUUGCUCUCUCACUUGUUCUUUGCGGAUGAUAUUAUAUUCAUUGGUAAGGCUACCCCUCAAAAGUGUGUUUACUUGAAAAACCUUUUGGAUUUUUUUUGCAGCAGAUUUGGCCAGCGGGUGAAUCCGGCUAAAUCAAAGAUUUUCUUCUCCAAAAAUGUGUCUAUUAACAAUAGGGAGUCCCUUUCUGCUAUCUUGGGCUUUCCUUGCACGAAGGACCUUGGUACUUAUCUAGGUAUUCCCAUCUCAGCAAAAAAGAUUUUUAAAGGUAAGUGUCAAUUUAUUAUUGAUAGAGUGAGAGCUAAACUUGCAGGAUGGAAGUCCAGAUUCCUUUCUUUGGUAGGUCGUGUCACCCUCACUUCUUCAGUCUUAGCAGCUAUCCCUAAUUAUUAUAUGCAAACCAUGCUUUUACCUGUUUCAGUUCAUACUGAGUUAGACCAAAUAUCUCGAAAUUUCAUUUGGGGAUUAGAAGAUAACCAAAAGAAGAUUCAUCUAGUUGGGUGGCAGACUGUCACCCAACCUAAGGUUCUUGGAGGGUUGGGACUCAAAAGUUCCAAGGAAGCUAACUUAGCAGCCAUGAGUAAACUCAACUGGAGAUUGUACAUACGGAAGGAUAAACUUUGGUGUAAUAUUUUUCGUAGCAAGUAUAAUCUCUCUAAUUGUCAUUCCCCCCUCCUUGCAUCUGGCUCUCCCAUUUGGAAAGCCAUUGUUAAGGGAUAUGAUAUUUUUAAGGCUGGUAUUAAGUGGAUUCCACGAUCUAGUGGGAAUGUGAGAUUCUGGACUGAUUGUUGGUGUUGUGAUAUCCUACUAAUCUCUUGGAUAUAUGGUCCUCAUACUCCUAGCUUCGAGCUCAUCACUGUUGCAGAAUUUUUCAAUGCUGGUGCAUCCGCUGCUGAUCUUAUUGCUUAUCCCAUUCCUACCGACAUUGAACCCCUUAUCCAUGUUGUUCCUAUAUCUCUUUUUGCUUUAGGAGAAGACACAUUUACUUGGGUUGGUAGCUCCAAUGGGUCUUUCUCAUCUGCUUCUGCUUAUUGUAUUACAAAGCAUCUCCUUCUUAAACCUUUGGAGGAUUGGAGAUGGGUGUGGAAAUCUUAUACUUACCCAAAAAUUAAAUACUUCCUUUGGUUGCUUGCCCAUGACUGUCUAAAAUGCUUCUCCUUUUUACAUAGACUUGGUAUUAUAUCCUCUCCGCUAUGCCCGGUAUGUCAUUUGGAAGAUGAAACAGUUGAGCAUCUCAUUCGCUCUUGCCUUGUUUCUGUUGUUAUUCUUUCUGAUGUUCUCCUUGGUGUUUUGUCUCAAGACCAGCUGAACUUGGAUUUUUUAUCUUGGCUUAAAACAAACUGCUCUCGGAUGAACACUAAUCUCAUUCAUAGAUCGAAUCCGUAUGGUAUUGCCAUUUCAAAAAGGCUGAUCCUUGAGAAAGCCUCUGAAUUCUGGGCAAGGCAGUCCCUACCAACCCUUCCUUCUUGUGGAUCCUCUUUCUUUAAAUGGUCCAAACCCCUCUCUCCCUUUAUUAAACUUAACACAGAUGGCUCUGUCCUUGGGAACCUAGGUGGAGCCGCUUCGGGAGGUUUGUUUCGUGAUCAUAAUGGUAGUUGGAUUCUUGGAUUUGCCAGAAAAAUUGGAAUCACUAGUAGCCUUGCUGCUGAACUUUGGGCUUUAAGAGAUGGCCUUGCCCUUGUUGUUGCUCAUUCCUAUUCUCACCUUAUUGUUGAAAUGGAUUCUAGUACUGCUUUUAAUUUCAUGAUGAAUACUGCUUGCAUUUCUCAUCCCCUCAGUUCUCUGAUCUUGGAUUGUAGGGAUCUCCUCAGACUCAUUCCCUAUGUUCAGAUAUUUCAUAUCAAGCGUCAAUCGAAUAUGGUUGCUGAUCAAAUUGCUAGAAUGGGACAUUCACCGCAGCAGGAUUUUGUUGUUCUUCCUCACUGUCCUGUUAAUGUCAAACUUUUAUGUAUUCUGGGUAUUAUGGGAUAUGAAUUUCCCAGGAACAACUAGUGUAUUCUGUUUUGUGUUAG